GCUUGCCUGCAAGAGCGGAGACCGAUGGGCGUGUCAUGCAGGCCCUCGCCCACUGUGCAUCCUCUAGCUAGACUGUUAUGGAAUGUAGUUGGUCCUUUGGCUUGAUUGACGGUUAUAGUUAGCCAAUGAGACGUCGCGCUUGGUGGCGCCCUGCGCGGUGUGGCGGAGGCGGGAUUUUCCCGGUGACAGAGAGAAGCGCACGGCCGGUAAUCGGAGAUCGAGUCCUCUUCUAAUUCUUACGGUCAAGCUGGCGGCUUGCGAAUAGAAAGUAAGAACGGGAUACGUAGAUGGGUCUUGAGUAAAGCACAUAGGGGGAAGUGUUGAUGGGAAGACCACCGAGAGCUAUAUUGCCCAGCUGCUAGAGGAGCAUGAGGAAGAGCGAAAGGGCCAUCACUGGUGCUUGACUAUGUUCUCAGGAUGAAGCGGCGAUUGGAUGAGCCAGAGGCAGCUGCCUAUCCACCUCAGCCCCGCAGGAUCACUGAAUCUUUUGCCCACACCCACCGUGUACUUGCCCCUGCUCCUCCAACAUAUGAGCCUCCUCCUGAUGCUAUGCAGCCCACUGCGGGCAUUCAGUACUCUGUAGCCCCUGGAUACCAGGUCUCAGCAGUGCCUCAGAGCUCUGGAGGCCAUGGCCAGGCAUCACUUACAGCAGUGCAUGGUAGUCAUCACCACAACACGCCUGUGCCAACCCAUGGAGGACCUGCUGUGCAGAGUCAUGCUCAUUCAACCCCACCUGCUGCACCUGCACAAGGACAACAGUUCCAGAGGCUAAAGGUGGAGGAUGCUCUUUCGUACCUUGACCAGGUAAAACUGCAGUUUGGUAGCCAGCCACAGGUGUACAAUGACUUUCUUGACAUAAUGAAAGAAUUCAAGUCACAGAGUAUUGACACACCAGGGGUCAUAAGCCGGGUGUCUCAACUCUUCAAAGGUCAUCCAGAGCUAAUCAUGGGCUUUAACACUUUCUUGCCACCUGGAUACAAGAUAGAGGUGCAAACAAAUGACUUGGUUAAUGUAACAACUCCAGGGCAAGUACACCAGAUUACAACACAUGGUCUGCAGCCUCCAAUUCCUCAAGCUCCUCCACCAUCACAGCCAUCUGCCCCGCCCAUUCCAUCACCAGUGCACCCGACUCCUCAGCCUCCGCCAGCUAAAAUCAGCAAGCCAAUGCAGUCCCAGGCUCACACCCCAACAAAUCAGCAAAGCACACCUAUACAGUACCCAUCUCCACGAUCUCCACCAGCACAGCCGCACACACCAGGACCUUUGGCACAUGCUACACCCACCGCAACUGCAGCAACUCCUACAAUGCAGAACAACCAGCCAGUUGAAUUCAACCACGCUAUUAACUAUGUAAACAAGAUCAAGAACCGAUUUCAAGGCCAGCCAGACAUUUACAAGUCUUUCCUUGAGAUUCUGCACACAUAUCAGAAGGAACAACGCAAUGCUAAAGAAGCAGGGGGUAAUUACACACCAGCCCUGACCGAGCAGGAGGUCUAUGCCCAGGUAGCAAGACUUUUUAAAAACCAGGAGGACCUGUUAUCAGAAUUUGGCCAAUUUUUGCCAGAUGCCAACAGCUCUGUGCUUUUGAGCAAAACAACAGCUGAAAAAGUUGAAUCUGUAAGAAAUGAUCACGGGGGCACAGUGAAGAAGCCACAGCUUAACAAUAAGCAGCAGAGGCCCAACCAGAAUGGCUGCCAAAUUAGACGGCACUCUGGAACUGGAGUCACACCCCCAGUUAAGAAGAAACCUAAAAUUCUUAUUCCUAAAGAUCAGUCACUAGCAGAUGCCAACAAACAUGGAGCAGGAGCAGAAUCACAGUUUUUUGACAAGGUCCGUAAAGCACUUCGGAGUGCAGAAGCAUAUGAUAAUUUCCUGAGAUGCCUGGUGAUCUUCAAUCAAGAAGUAAUUUCCCGAUCCGAGCUAGUUCACCUGGUGUCCCCAUUCCUAGCCAAGUUCCCAGAGCUAUUUACAUGGUUAAAAAAUUUCUUGGGUUACAAAGAAUCCUCCCAUCUGGAGAGCUUCCCAAAAGAGCGAGCUACUGAGGGUAUUGCCAUGGAGAUUGACUAUGCAUCAUGUAAGCGUUUGGGGUCAAGUUACCGAGCCUUACCCAAAAGCUUCCAGCAGCCAAAAUGCACUGGCAGGACACCGCUAUGUAAAGAGGUUUUGAAUGACACUUGGGUGUCUUUUCCAUCCUGGUCAGAAGACUCAACUUUUGUGAGCUCUAAAAAGACACAGUAUGAGGAACACAUUUACCGAUGCGAAGAUGAAAGAUUUGAGUUGGACGUGGUAUUGGAAACAAACCUGGCUACCAUUCGUGUUUUGGAAACUAUUCAGAAGAAACUUUCACGGCUUUCUGCAGAGGACCAGGCCAAAUUCAGACUGGACAAUGCACUUGGAGGAACAUCUGAGGUCAUCCACCGCAAGGCUUUACAGAGGAUAUAUGCGGACAAAGCUGCUGAUAUUAUAGAUGGUCUAAAGAAAAACCCUGCUGUUGCUGUACCUAUUGUCCUAAAGAGAUUGAAAAUUAAGGAGGAAGAGUGGCGGGAAGCACAGCGUGGGUUUAAUAAGAUCUGGCGGGAACAGAAUGAAAAGUACUAUCUUAAAUCUCUGGACCAUCAGGGUAUCAACUACAAACAGAUUGAUACAAAGGUGUUGCGUUCCAAGAGUCUCCUUAAUGAGAUUGAGAGCAUCUAUGAUGAGCACCAGGAACAAGCUUCAGAAGACAAUUCUGGGAUCUCUUCUGGCCCACACCUCACACUCACAUAUGAUGACAAACAGAUACUGGAAGAUGCAGCCUCACUUAUAAUCCACCAUGUAAAACGACAGACUGGCAUACAAAAGGAGGACAAAUACAAGAUAAAACAGAUUGUUUAUCACUUCAUCCCAGAUUUACUUUUUUCGCAGCGGGGGGAUCUCUCUGAUGUAGAGGAAGAAGAAGAGGAAGAAACAGCUGAGACUGAAGAUGGGGUUACAAAAAAACACAAUGGGGUUGGUGGCGGUAGUAGUCCUCCAAAGGCUAAGCUGAUGUUUGGAAAUACAGCAGCACAGAAGUGGCGUGGUAUGGAGGAUUCAUAUAACCUUUUUUAUGUGAACAAUAACUGGUACAUAUUCCUUCGCCUACAUCAGAUAUUGUGCUCCAGACUUCUUCGCAUUUACAAUCAGGCAGAGAAACAAGUGGAAGAAGAAAUGAGGGAAAGGGAAUGGGAAAGAGAGGUACUAGGACUAAAGAGGGACAAAAAUGACAGUCCGGCUGUCCAACUUCGACUAAAAGAACCAAUGGACAUAGAGGCUGAGGAUUAUUAUCCAGCAUUCCUAGACAUGGUUCGGAACUUGCUUGAUGGGAACAUGGACUCCAAUCAAUAUGAGGAUUCUUUGCGAGAGAUGUUUACCAUCCAUGCCUUUAUUGCCUUUACUAUGGACAAGCUGAUUCAGAGCAUUGUUAGACAGCUCCAGCACAUAGUCAGUGAUGAAAUCUGUGUGCAAGUGACUGAUUUGUAUCUUUCUGAGAGCAAUAGCAAUGCCACUGGAGGGCUGCUAUCCACUCAGGCCUCACGUAACUUGAAUGAAGCAAACUACCAGCGCAAAGCUGAGCAGCUAAUGUCAGAUGAGAAUUGCUUCAAGCUGAUGUUCUCCCAAAGUCGUGGACAGGUCCAGUUAACAAUUGAACUACUGGACACUGAGGAAGAAAACUCUGAUGACCCAGCGGAGACCGAGCGUUGGUCUGAUUACAUUGAGAGGUACAUGAACUGUGACUCCACUUCACCAGAACUUCGAGAGCACCUUGCACAGAAACCUGUGUUCUUGCCUAGGAACCUGCGCAGAAUAAGAAAAUGCCAGAGGGGCAGAGAGCAGCAAGAGAAAGAUGGAAGUGGAAAGCGCGCACUGGAGAACUUGGAGAGCCUUGAUAAGCUUCAGUGCAAGUUUAAACUGAAUUCUUACAAGAUGGUCUAUGUAAUAAAAUCCGAGGACUACAUGUAUCGGCGUACUGCGCUGCUGCGGGCACAGCAGUCCCACGAACGAGUGAGUAAACGAUUGCACCAGCGCUUCCAGUCCUGGCUGAGAAAAUGGAAUCUUGAACAUGUUAGCCAUGAAAUGGCCUCUGAAACCCGAAAAUGGCUGAUGGGGGAGGGUGUUGAGGGAAUGGUGCCUUGUACCACUAGUAGAGACUCUGAGAUCCUGCACUUUGUGGACAUAAAUAAGUAUAGAGUCAAGUAUGGGGCAGCCUUCAAAACCCCAUAACAUUUUUAAACUGGAGAGGAAUACAUUAAAAAAAAACCCUGAGAACUCUUAAUGAGAUUAAUCUGAAGAGCAUUGCCUGCUGUCUAAACCAGAAGGAUGACCAUCAAAGGCAUGACUAGGCCUCAAACCUUACAUAGAGAAUUUAUGAACCUCUUCUUCUGCCAGAGGAAUAUUUAAUCCUCUGACUGGAGAAAUGGUACAGUGUUACUGAAAAUGUCCGACCUUCCUGCCAUUUCGUCCCUGUAAAUCCUCUUUGCCACCCUUCUGUAAAUACAUGCGUGUACAUAACGUCAACGAAGGUCCAUUUGAUUAAGUUCCUGUACCCCAUAUUGCAUAUUAUUUUAUAACAAGUAUCAUUAGUUUUAUGUUAGAUGUCUUUGUAACAUAGUAAUGGGGAAA